AUUCGUUCAUUCCUUCUUUCACUCUUCAAAAAACAGAGUGCAUUAGAUUUGUGUUUCUUCUUGUUGUACUUCUUCGUCUGUUUACGUAUCGAAUCAGAAUUUUUGUUUGUUUGAAAGAUGAAUUCUCAGAUUUGCAGAUCUGCUUCACGAGUUACCAAGUCUCUGUUCAGUUCGAGUUCUCGUGCUUUUUCCGGGGGACGAGCAGUGGCUGCAGCAGCCACAGUUUCUUUGAGAGGAGUUGUGCCUUCUUUAGCUUCAUAUGGAAGGACUAAGUCCCAGAAUUCGUCUACAGGUUGGAUCUCAGGAAUCCUCACCCUUCCUGCAGCAGCUUACAUGCUCCAGGAACAAGAAGCACAUGCUGCCGAGAUGGAGCGCACCUUCAUCGCCAUCAAGCCAGAUGGAGUGCAAAGAGGCUUGAUUUCAGAAAUCCUCUCACGCUUUGAGCGCAAGGGUUUCAAGCUGGUCGCGAUCAAAAUUGUGGUUCCGUCUAAGGAUUUUGCCCAAAAGCAUUAUCAUGACCUUAAAGAGAGACCAUUUUUUAAUGGCCUAUGUGGUUUCCUUAGCUCCGGCCCUGUCGUAGCAAUGGUAUGGGAAGGUGAAGGAGUGAUUAAAUAUGGACGGAAGCUUAUCGGAGCUACAGAUCCGCAAAAAUCAGAACCUGGAACAAUUAGAGGUGACUUAGCUGUUGUAGUCGGAAGGAACAUUAUCCACGGGAGUGAUGGACCUGAGACUGCCAAGGACGAGAUCAAACUAUGGUUCAAACCAGAAGAGUUGGUUAAAUACACAAGCAACGCGGAGAGGUGGAUAUACGGUGUGAACUGAAAAACGUCGUUUUUCUUAAUUUAAACUGUGAUUAACUCCGAAUGAAUACUCGGAAACUAGUGAUUAUCUGAAUAAAUCCGAUAACCAUUUUCCUUGGACAGAGUAGCAAUGUAAUCUUUACCAAACUGUUAUUUAAAUUGUUCAAAUAAUCAAAUCUACUGAAAUGUUUCUGAGC